AUGGCUCUAAAAACCACAACAGCUGCCCCCACAACCACAACUUGCAGCUCCCACAACUACAACAGCGGCGCCAACAACCACAACAACAACACCCACAACUACAACAGCAGUUGCCACAACUAUAUCAGCAGCUCUCACAACCACAACGGUAGCCCCAACAACGACAACAGCAGCAAUGAUUUCAUCAGCAACAACAGAAGCAUCCACAGCCAGUGUUUUGACAACUGUGGCUUCUACUACAGCUUCUGUUACAACUACAUCGAAUACACAGAUAACCACAACCAGUGCCACAACUACGGAAGUGACUGGUCCCCCACAAAGUGGUGA